GCGAGCGGGGCCGCCGCCCGGGACCGCGUCCGCCCGCUCGGCCCGGCUCCCCCCGCCCCUCCGGAGCCUGCGGCGGGGGCGCCUGCGGGAAACCCGCGCACCCCGCCUGCCCGCCUGGCCGGCCGCGCGCUGCGCCUCUUCUGCGCGUACCCGCAAGGCAACGGUGCAAAGCGCAGGAGAAAAUGACCAUCCGCAGACCAAGGCGGGCGGAGCAGCUGCUGUUCCUGGGCAUCAUGGUCACCACGGCCGCGGUCAUCUCCCUGCUGUUCUACGCUCUCCUCUGGAAGGCCGGCAACCUCACAGACUUGCCCAACCUCAGAAUCGGCUUCUACAACUUCUGCCUGUGGGACGAGGGCACUGGCUCCCUGCGGUGCCACCAGUUCCCUGAGCUGGAGGCCCUGGGUGUGCCGCGGGUUGGCCUGGCCCUGGCCAGGCUUGGUGUGUAUGGGGCCCUGGUCUUCACGCUCUUUGUCCCCCUGCCUCUCUUCCUGGCCUGGUGCAACAGCAACGAGGGAGAGUGGCAGCUGGCGGUGGGCUUCCUGGCCAUGUCGUCCAUGCUGCUGGCUAGUGGCCUGGGCCUCUUCCUCACCUACACAUGGAAGUGGAUCAGGCUCUCCCUCCUGGGGUCUGGGUUUCUAGCUCUGGGCGUGGCCCAGGCCCUCCUCAUCCUCUUGCUGAUGGCCACAGUCGUGUUCCCUCCAAGGGCAGAGGAGAAGAGCGAGCUGGACAGCUGCUAGUUGUGUCUAAAGGCUUACGUGUGAUUGCAAGAGUUCAGUUUGAACUAUGCUCAGAGAAAGUGCCAGAAAACGGGCUGGUAUGCCUUCUCAGCCUGUUUCAUAGCAAAUGCCGAGCUUAAGCCCUAGCAGACGGGCCCCACCAUAGAGAAGUUGGGGUACCCGGUGUCAAGACCAGGAGGCAGCAAUGGCAGGAUGACUUUUGUGCAGGGUUGUCUGUCCUAUGGGACUUCCAAGGUUCUCAAGGACACCCCCAAGCCACCUAGCUCAUUGUCCCAAGAACUGAUCUGAGCAAGCCAUUCUUACUUCAUCCUCAGGAUGAUGGGGAGAGGAUUCCUGUCACGAGGCCUGAUUUCCAGGAUAAUUUGCCAAAUGUCAAACUGGAACCCAGUGAAGGUUUAUGUCAACAGGUGGGGAACAUUAUGAGACAGCGUGCACCUCGUGUCCCUUGGGGCCCUGAUCGCCAAGCUCCCUCUCUCCGUGGUGGGUGUGAUGUGAUGAGCCCCCUCCCCUGAUACCACUCCUGAAGGCAGAGGGAUUCACUCCAGACAGACCCGUGGGCACAAAGAGAAGCCUCGGCGUCUCUGAAGGCUCUCCUGGAAAGGCUCCUGGACCCGAAACCAGACAAAGCAGGGGCGUCAGCGGGCAAAUCAUUCCUAGCACGAGCCCUGGGAGUUGGGAACAGAAUACACCAACUCCCCAGGAAGGAGAGGAAGGUGAACGAACAGUCCCACAUACGUUUGCGGAGGCUGCCUCUCUCCACUUCUCCACCCAGAACUGCAAAGGAUAAAAGCACAACCUUCGCCUUGGGGAACGGUUUGUAUUUCUCGGCACGUGUGUAUCGGAAAAACCUGGACAGCAAACGAUUGCCUCCUUCCAUGCCUGUCCAAACCACACUGAACAGAGACAGAAAUACGGACUUGGGCGGGUUCUCGUCUGUAGGGUCUCCUGCGGGCUCCUGUCCCACUCUCGCUUUACAACGGCCCAGGGGACAGAGGAUGAGCCGCCAAGUGGAAGGAAGGUGGCAGCGUGGGGGGCGGAUCGCAGGCAGAGCACUGUGGGCAGGACAUCUGCCUCCCGGGCUGCACGGGUGACGGGAACUCGGUUUCAUAUAGGCUUCCUCCUGAGGGAAAGAUCACGCUGACUAAACUGUCGGAAUUCCAGUGAACGUAGCAGCCAUACAUUUUCUUCUUUCAAAAUUAUUAAGUUGACUCUUGGUUCCAGUAAGUGUGAACCCCACGUCUGCCUUUUCCCCGGACCUGGAAGUGAAUAAAGUCAGACCCUCCGAGCUGAGGAGGUGCAGUGCAGAGA